UGAGUCAAUACAAUCACAACUUCAUAAAUUUUAGCAGAAUCAAUCAAUACAACCCAUUUGAAUCCUAACAACAAUCUCUAUAUUUAGUUAUAGAAAUUUGGGAAAACUGUCAAAUAAGUCCAUCUACUUUCAUCAAAAAGUCAAUUAAGUCCAUGCACUUUAAAAUGAAUCAAUCAAGUCCACAAACUGUUAAAAAUCCAUCAAAUUGGCUAUUUACUCGGUAAUCAUCCGGUAACCCUUCUCUGGCUUACAUGGAAGUCUAAUUGACUCUUUUACUGUUCAUAUUUUUAAUUUUUCAUUUUAUUUUCCUUUUCUUUUUUCAUCUCUCUUUCUUCUUCACUCGUUCAUUUUCUUCUCCUGCUUCGACGCAAACUACUCCUGAAAUUCGUUUCUUCCUAAAUCCAGACUCUAUUUCUUUUGAAAGGCAGCGGGCGGCGGAGGUUGACAAAGAUGAGGGAGACGGGCUGAAGGCGACGAUAGUUGGGGAUGAUGUGGGAGACGGACGGCGGUUGGAGGCUGUUGGCGGGUUGAGGAAGAUGAAGGCGAUGGGCAGAGGUGGUUGGGGAAUUUGCGGACGAAGGGCGGUCGGCGACACAGAUCGAGCUGUAGUUAUGGGCGACAGGCGGCGGAGGCCAGAGAAGUGGGCGGUGGGUGAUUGGCGGCGGAUGGGGAAGUUUUGGGCGCUGGCCGCUGCGGAACAAAAAUCAUGCAAGAAGUGUGCUACGACCGACGACGAUUGGUACCCUUCUAUGAAAGAAAGAGAACCGGAAAGAAUGGAUGAAAAAUUGAAAGAAAGAAAUUAAGGAUGAACAGAAGAACUGUGCCGGUCGAAUGCAAAGUGCAAACCCAGGGGAAGAAGAAGCUAACAGGGAGAGAAAAAGGAUAGGAAAAAAACAAAAGAGAAAACAAAAAAUUAUAAAUUAUCCCACGUGGGCGUCCAAGUGAGCUAUAACCGGCAUUACCUCCAUUCAACCGGCUGAAGUGCUAAUUUGGUCAUUUUUCAACAGUUUGUGGAUUUGAUUGAUUCAUUUUAAAGUGCAUGGACUCAAUUGACUUUUUGGUGAAAGUAGAUGGACUUAUUUGACAGUUUUCCCUAGAAAUUUUAUAGCUAACAAAACGUCUUGAUAAUUCUCAGCUGUCAUCCUUUUUUGACAAUGUAGGCGAGAGACAGCUGUGAGGAAUGCCAAAAAUGGCAUAGGGAUUAUAAAUUAGUCCUUUUAAAACUCUUUUCAAAUUUCAACCUCUCAGCCAAUCAAUUUAAGAUAUCUAGAUUUUCUUUUCCUAACAAUGCUCAUACAUUUUGACCCUUCAUUCGAUCUCCUUUUCUUCUUUAAUGCCAUAGCUCAAAGUUGAACUAUUUUCUUGCUGUUCUUGGUAAAGCUCUGCAGAACUUAGGGUGGAAUCCUUUUAUUUGUUGAUUGCUGUUAUACUGUCCUUGAAUUCUUUGAUUACUUUUCCUGUUCUACAGCUGAUUAUUUCUGUUGAGCUAAAAAUGCUCAAUUUGGUGUUCAUGAUUUCGUCCAUAUGUUGUUUGAUAUUUGUUUCCUCAGAAUAUGACCCAGUGGACAACUAUCUGAUAAACUGUGGAUCAUCUGAAAACACAACUCUGGGUCGCCGGGUUUUCUUGGCUGACAACUUGAAUUCCACAACCCUUUCAACUCCACACAAGAUUUUUGCAAAAUCAGCUUCUGACCUUCUUAUUCCAUUUCCCUUCAACUAUACUUCACCCCUUUAUCAGACUGCCAGAAUUCUCAAUGGAACCUCAGAGUUCGUUUUUCCAAUAAAAAAGCUUGGCAGACACUGGCUUCGUCUGCAUUUCUUUCCUUUAGUUCAAGAAAAUCAUAACCUAAGCACUGCUAGAUUUUCUGUUUCAGCCCAGAACUUAACUCUCUUGAAAAAUUUCCAGCAAUCAAAUACCUCCACACUUAAAGAAUACUCUUUGAAUAUAAGUAGUAGUCAGCUGGUUCUUGUUUUUACCCCUGCUGCCAAUUCUUUUGCUUUCCUUAAUGCUCUGGAAGUGGUUUCAAUUCCUGAUGAGGUUAUACCUGCUGGUGCUGGAAUGGGCACUCCAGAAGGAAGUGAGCAAGACCUUAGGGAACAUGCCCUGGAGACUGUGGUGAGGGUAAACAUGGGGAAUGUAACAAUUCCCCCUCAAAAUGAUACAUUGGGGAGGUUAUGGUUUUCUGAUGAUAGAUAUCUUAAAAGUAGUAAUUUUGUCGAGUUUGAAUUGAAGGAAGGUGUCCUGAAUUAUACAAGAGGGGCGACAGAGAACAUAGCUCCUCCCCUUGUGUAUGAAUCUGCUACUAGAUUGAAACAGGUGGACUUUAAUAUCCGGUUUAAUGCUACAUGGCAGUUUGAAGUUCAUCCCGCCUUUGAGUAUCUAGUUCGGUUCCACUUUUGUGAUAUGGUUAGUGAUUCUUCUAACGAACUUGUGUUCAACGUUUUCCUCAAUUCCCAUGUCGUCGCUGAAAACCUUGACCUUAAAACUAAAACCUCAAAUGCCUUUGCUUCUCCUUAUCACAUGGAUGUUGUGAAAAGGUUGGCCACAGGUCGUGAGCUUAGCAUAACAAUUGGCCCAUCAGAUGUGCGCAAUGUGCUUCCCGAUGGCAUCCUGAACGGGCUGGAGAUCAUGAAAAUAAGCAACUCUAAGAACAGUCUUGAUGAAGAGGACACUGAAACUCAACUCUCCAAAACCACUUCCAAGUCUAAAAAAUGGGUGAUUUUGGGAUCAGGCUUGGGAGCAUUCUGCUUGGUUGUUUUUGCUUUGGUGUCCAUUCUGGUCUACCGAAACAGAAGAAGAAAACGUAUUGGUUUGAGUAAAUAUUAUGAAGAACAGGGUUCCAUUUCGAGGUCAAAGGCAGGGUAUCUAAUCCCUUUUAAGGCCAUUCAAGAAGCCACAGACAAUUUCUGUGAAGAGAUGAUUAUAGGCGUUGGCGGUUUUGGGAAGGUUUACAGGGGAGUUUUGAAAGAUGGUACGGUAGUGGCUGUAAAGCGAGGCAACCAUCAAUCAAGCCAAGGACUCGCUGAGUUCAUUACAGAGAUAGAAAUGUUGUCUAAAUUCAGACACCGCCAUCUAGUGUCAUUGAUAGGAUAUUGUGACGAGAUGAACGAAAUGAUCAUAGUAUAUGAGUACAUGGAUAAUGGAAGUCUAAAGAACCAUUUAUACGGUUCAGAUCUUCCAAAGCUGAAUUGGAGGCAGAGGGUCGAAAUCUGCAUUGGAUCUGCAAGAGGGCUUCAUUAUCUACACACCAGUUCAGAGAAGGCGAUCAUCCAUCGGGACGUAAAGUCAGCAAACAUAUUACUUGACGAGAACCUCAUGGCUAAGGUUGCAGAUUUUGGGCUGUCAAAAGAUGGGCCCGAGAUGGAUCAGACACAUGUCAGCACUGCAGUAAAAGGAAGUUUCGGUUAUCUUGACCCGGAGUACUUGACAAGACAACAACUGACGGAGAAGUCAGAUGUUUACUCUUUCGGGGUCGUAAUGCUUGAGAUCCUCUCAGGGAGGCCAGUUAUCGACCCUUCCCGCCCCAGAGAAUCUGCAAACUUGAUUGAAUGGGCUAUGCGUGUGAUAAGGAGAGGGGAGUUGGAAAUGGUUCUUGAUCCUCACCUUAAGGAAAGAGUAAAACCGGAGUCUUUACUGAAGUUUGUGGAGAUAGUUGAAAAAUGCUUGGCGGAGUGUGGGAUUCAUCGGCCCACAAUGGGGGAGGUCCUAUGGAACUUGGAGUGUGUCCUUCAGCUCAAUGGAAAAGAAGACAGAAGAGUUCGAGGUGGCAUCCCGGAUCCGGAAAUCAGCACUUCUACAACUCAGGUCAGCGUUGGAAGUAUGGGUGAUCUUGAAGGCGUUUCUAUGGGUAGAGUUUUCUCCCAAAUGGUAAAGGCUGAAACGAAACACUUGAAUGACAAGAUUUAAGAAGACUUUGAGGUUGUCUGUGCAGAAAAUAGAUAUUUGAUUGUGUGUAUAUACAUUUUGUUUGGUUGAAAGCAGUGCUGCAAAUUGUUCUGAAAGCAUUCUGUAAUACGAAAUUAUCUUCUCACAAUUGUUGGAUAUGUUAAAUGACUAUUAUGAUGUUGUUACAGGCUUACAGCUCAAGUUUACCUUUGAUCUUUGUAGUGUAUGUUCUUCGAUAGUAGUCUAGAAUACAUCCUGCUUAAUAGUAUUCAGUCCAAGACUUC